GGCUUCCCAAAGCCAGGCGAGCCGAUUCCGCGGUUCCAGCCUCUAACUGCAGCAUGGAGUCGUCCCGGGGCCGGCCUGGGCCCGAGGCGGACCUUCUGGCUCCGGGGGAGCAGCAAGCCGCGAUAUCCAGUGGCGGGCCGGGCCGAACGCCCUCUGAGACGCCCUCAGGCCUCCGGGUGUCCGGGGAGGAAGAGGCCGAGAACGCUGGAGGCGCCGGCCGCCACCUUAGGGUGUCCCUUAAGUCUUCGAGCCGCAGCGUCGCCCACCGGCCGGAACGGGAGGUUCGAGAGGACGAACCCGGCCGCGGAGGGACGCCGUCUGGGGUCGGGAGCCGCCGGGGAACGGCGCGGCCAGAGCGCGGCGCGCAGGAGCCCUCCCGGAGCAAGGAACCUGAGGAAAAGCCUCUGGAGGAAAAGCCCGCAUCCGAGAGGGUCGGCCGUCGAGGGAGCCCCGGAGGCGUGGGGAUGGAUGCGGAGCCGGAGAAGGAAGAAGACGAGGAGGCGGGGGCGGGCGGCAGGGCUGGCCGGUCCUUCUCCAGCCGCCUUCAGGACAGCCGCAGCCUGGACGGACUGAGUGGGGCGUGCGGAGGCGCGGGGUCCACAGCGGCUGCUGAGUCCGGCGCCGGCGGCGGGCGUCGCGCCACCAUCUCCAGUCCCCUGGAGCUCGAGGGCACGGUGAGCCGCCAUGGCGACCUCACCCACUUCGUGGCCAACAACCUGCAACUCAAGAUUCGUCUGAGCGCUGCCCCUCAACCUCUGCCCCCUGCCCCUGCGCGGCCCUGCUCAGCCCCUCCACCCACUCCAGCCAUCCCCCCCAUCGACCCCGACGUGCUGCGGGACCUGGAGCGGCUGAGUCGGGAGCUGGGUGGCCGGGUGGACCGUCUGCUGCGCGGGCUGGGUGGUGCGGUACAGGAGCUGACAGCGUUGAGCGUGGGCUGCAUCCAGACCUACCGUGACGCCGUGGACUCCCUAGGCGAAGCCGUGGACAUGAGCAUCAAGGGCAUGUACACCCUGCUGGCGCGCUGCGAGGAGCUAGAGAGGGCUCUACAGCCGGUUCAGGGGCUGGCGCGCCAAGUUCGGGAUAUCCGACGCACCCUGGAGGUGUUGGAGGCCCUGUGCAAGUGACCAUGAGUGCAAGGGAGGCCUGGCCAAAGCAGGCCAGGGGCCACCAGGACCCUAAGGACUCUUCAAGGAGCCCUAAUGGGAACUGCCGGCUGAGGGAAAGCCUGGAUGUUGGAGGCUCUUCCAGAUGAAUUUAGCAGGCCCGGCCCCCCUUCUCGGGGUUUUUGUUGCAGGUGUAUAUGGGGGAGUUCUGUACUUUCUCUUAGUGGGAAGGGAUGAUGCUCUGCUUCUAUUUAGUUGGCUCUCUGUAGCCACCUUGUUCUCCCCAACUUUGUUCCCUAACUAAAACACCAUCACUGGGAACCCAGGGUUUUAGGUCUUGACUUGGAGGAUAUUAUUGCAAUAUGUGACCAAGAAAGUAGAACAGAGGAGGCCCCCCCCCCCACUGUGGCCAUCCUGACUCCAGUGGCUACAUCUCAGGUGCCAGGGGCUGUGGGAAGUUGAGUGGCCCUUAGACACACACCACUCAAAGGAGGAUGCACACCUGCAGAUGGAUAAUCUGCUUCUGCGCUCCAGCCCCCUGCCAUGCCCCUUCCCCAGUCAGAAUGGAGUGGCACCAGGAGGAAUGCACUGCAUGACGGAGGGGGUGAAUUGGGAGGGGUUUCUCUGCUCUCAGGGUUCAGGUAGUAUUGCUGCUGGUUUUGAAGCCCACCUGUUGUGGAGUGUUCUAAUCAGUUUUGGCUUUCUGAGUUUUUGUGGAAUUAAAGUGCUGCUGCUGCUAAGGCUGAGGCUGAGUCUGUAUGGGGUCAGGGAUUGAUGAGCCAAAGGAAUGGGAGUGAGCCUUGCUCUUUUUCCAUGGAACUCCCUUGGGACUGGUGCUGGGAGUGGUGUGGGGUGGAUAUGGUUCUUGUUCUCAGGCAGUGAAUCUUAGGGGAAAUGCACAUCACAGAAAUGGGCUCAGAGGGCCAGUCAGAAAAAACUGAAGCAAAUUCUCCAGAAGAGGAAGGGAAGGGGUCCUAUUAGGUCCUGGAGUGGACAGCCAGGGGCUAGGCAAAUAGAGUAUCUUGAUUUUGGAGGAAAACUGGGACCCCCUCGUUAGUUCCAUUCUUAAUUCCAUUUCCCACAUUCCUCUAAUCAGUGUUAUAUGUCUGUUUUGAGACAUUGUUAUAAUCCUGGCGGCCUUCUAUUUACAGUUCAAAUAACAAAUUCCAGGAGACCUACCAUGUGGUUAGGAGAUUUAGAAAAAACUGAUUCCUUUUAAACUUUCCCCAUUCUUUUCUAAAUAGCUAUACUUAGGGCUGAAUCUCAGUACUUUUCUCUUUGGGUGUAAAAAGUUCCAGCUUUGGAAAUGCUCCACAAGUCUUCCUCAUUAUUUACACAAUGUCUAGAAAAUAUUUGAAAAGACACUGGCCCGUACGGGGAUCGAACCCGCGACCUUGGCGUUAUUAGCACCACGCUCUAACCAACUGAGCUAACCGGCCGGCUUAGCUGGUUGUGGCCACAUAAACCUGUAUAGAAGACAAAUGAGUGCUCUGUCCUGUAAGCAAAAUUUUUUCUCAGGGAAGCAAUGAAAUGAAAUACGAAUUACCUUGAAAAGCGCCGAGUCGUAGUACUUACGAGUACAGACUUCGGCGAUUGGCGGAAGCUAGGGUUACAAACGUAGGACGCGGAACGUAUAAUAUACACAUAGUGUACACACAAACAACCGGCUUUGGUUGUUGGACAGCUUGACAGCUCCUGGUCGAUUACUGAAGUGAAAGGAUUGAUUGACAUGCGGGAGAUACAAUGCCUGAUGGCUAGAGGCGCCCCACGCAGUAUAUACACAAAAGCAGGAAAUACCGUGGAGGCACCGCUGGGAUUCGAACCCAGGAUCUCCUGUUUACUAGACAGGCGCUUUAACCAACUAAGCCACGGCGCCCCCUCGCCAGCCGCUGGUAUAUUAUUUCCCUGGCCAAGUCAGUUUCAGGACAGGUGAGUGCUAAAGGGCCAUUUACAAUCAAUUAUUGGUCAAGUUAAUGAGGUAAAAGGGAGGGGGAACAUGAAAUCAGUGGAGAGGUGACGGAAAUAAUGAAUUUGGGGAGCGGAAAAGCGACGAUAAAUUCUUGGUUUCUGGAUUACAAAACUGAACGCCGGCAUCAGGCCAUCGCAAACCGACGAGGAUGGGAUUCGAACCCACGCGUGCAGAGCACAAUGGAUUAGCAGUCCAUCGCCUUAACCACUCGGCCACCUCGUCUACGGGAAAACGCUUUCGGUUCUUCUCUCUGGGGUUUGAGCUCCGACUCCUGAGUAAGCGUGAACCCACUGAGGAUUCAUGAAGCGCGCUUUUGGAGACAUUCUCCCCAAUACCGCGAAAACCACUCAGUGUGUUGUCAGUCCAAGCGACCUCGCGGCCCCCAGCAUCCGACCCUGCUUCCUCCGUGCUGUGCAAUCCCGAGCGUGUGCCGGGCCUCAGGCCCAAACUCACCGUGCACCGACCUGCCGUAAAAACGACCGCGAGACCGUUGGGCAUCCCGCAUGAGGAGGAUCUACACGUCGCACCGGAGCCCUCCUUUUCCAGCCCCUACAAGAUCCUUCUUCUCGGGUCUCUGGGCUCGAACCUAGCGGGGAAUGUGGGAGUAAAUAAAAGCAAACGAAACCUUGGUGGUUGCAGGGGAGCGUAAAUAAGUAGGCUGACCCCGACGUGAUUUGAACACGCAACCUUCUGAUCUGGAGUCAGACGCGCUACCGUUGCGCCACGAGGUCGGCUGGCCGCAUGGGUGGACAGGUCACUUCAUGGCCAAUUGUCGUCCAGGCGACCCCGGGUCCUGGAGAUCGCGGCGCAAGAGCUAUAGGACGUUUCUGAAUUUCUAAAGUGCUUCCAGUGUGUGCCUGUUCUCUCCCAAGCGUGCGGUGGGUGAGCGGGGUCCCCCGCACCCCGCAGGGCAGCUCUUUGCGGGCUCAGGGCUCAGCUGUCCCUAUGACCCGAUCCCUGGCGUCCUGCUGACGACCACUCGGAAGGCCUAGGUCUCCUGGAGAAAUCAGGCUUCACAGCCCAGAGGGGCAGAUUUUUGCACAAAACGGAUGGAAGGACAGGGACUCGGCCGAACGUGAUGCAGCCAUGCUAGAGAGCGGGACAACCUGAACGGACAAUUCCAGACCUGCAGAAACCUGAAUCCACCCAAGAUGGAGAAAUGAAAGAGGCCUAGGGGAAGAAGGUGGUUCCAGUCCUUGCUGAACAUGAAGGAACAGGAGGCCAAGAAGGUGGUAAAUUCCCUUUUUGAGAAAAGGUCCAAGAAUUUUAGCAUUGGAUAGGACAUCCAGCCCAAAAGGGACCUCAUCUACUUUGUCAAGUGGCUCUGCUACAUCUGGCUGCAGCUACUAAAGGCUAUCCCCUACAAGAGGCUGAAAGUGCCAUUAACCACUUCACCCAGGCCUUGGACUGCCAAACAGCCACUCAACUGCUUAAGCUGGCCUAGUAGUACAAACCAGAGACAAAGCAAGAAAAGCCCUGGCUGAUAAGAAAGCUGCUGGCAAAAGAGAUAUCCCCACUAAAAGGCCAUCUGUCCGUGAGGCAGAGGUUGAUACUGUCAUGCCUUCAUGGAGAACAAGAUUCAGCAGAUGGUGACUGUACAUGAUGUGUAUCCCAGUGAACUGGUCAUCUUCCUGCCUGCCCUGUGUCAGAUGAAUGGGGUUUCCUAAUGCAUUGUCAAGGCAAGGGCCAGACUGGGGCAUCUCAUCCACAGGAAGACUUAUACAACUGCCAUCUUCACACAGGUUAACUCAGAAGUCAAAGGAGCCCUGACUAAGUUGGUGGAAAUUACCAGAUAUGAUGAAAUCCAGUCACUGUGGAGGCAACAUGCUGGUUUGAAUUGCCAGGCUGGAAAGGCAAAGGCUACAGAACAUUACCAAACUGGGCUAAGCGUACACUGUUGCAUCUUCUGUACAUAAAAAUAAUAAAUA